AUGUUUGAUGAGUUACAUAUUGGUUUUUUCUUCCGUAAUGAGGCGGGUCGAGGAACCCAUUCCCCAACGAAAGUGGGGAUGGGGAAUCCCCAAUAUUGCAGGUACGAAUGCAGGAAUGGGGGAAAAAAGCUUAACAGAAAUGGGGAUGGAAAUGGCAUACCCACCCCCGAUUCGACCUAUUGCCAUCCCUAG